GCACGCGCCUAAAAGGUUACGAAGAAGAAGUUGAAUCGAACGCCGUAUCGCGUUUCGCCGCGAUCGAGUUCCUCGACCGAGAAGAACGUCUCCUUGCGUCUAGCUGGCACCAUGAGCGAAGGAGGCACGAACUCCAAGGCAGAAGGAAAAGACUCCAAGGCGCCGAAACGCCAUCGGAGUCGCUCCCGGGCCGGCACGGGGACCUCGGCAACGUCCAAGAGGAGAAAAUCGAGGAAGACGUAUGCCGGUGAGACCAACGUUCCUAGAUCGUUGGGUGAGACGCCAACACCGUCACCGUCGCGUGUCUCCGAGGCGAGCAUGGUCUUGCAAUCCAACGCAUCCACGCCCCUUAAGGAGGCCGUGUCGUCGACGACCAUCUCGAUCGACCCGGGAGCCGACCUGGCCGCCACCCGCAGCGCCACUUCGACGCCGGUGCCCGAGGUUGUUCCCGAGAACGCUACGACGAUCACAACCCGCGGUGCGGCCGGGCCGUGCGGCAAAAGCAGCAGCGUCAUUAGGGACGAGAAACUCGGGUCCAUCGCGCAGGCUGCCGAGUCCUCGGAGAGCACCGGCAUCACGCACGCUGCCACGGAUCCGGACAUGGCGGCAGCCAUUGGUAUUCGAGAUGUGGACGAGUCCGAGAAUGUAUUGGACCAAAGUCGACCACUGUCCGGCUGCGCCCCUAUCGAGAACAAUGGCAGGCUGGUGAUGCCGCCGUCUUUGGAGCUGCCGCCGCCGGCGGUCUUUUACGAUGGCCAGGACCCCACGCUGUCGCCGUCGCCCAAGCGCAAAUCGCGCGGACAGAGUACGGUCACGUUCGGCGACGCGCAGUCCUACCGCCUCACGUCGGCCGAGCCGUCGACGAGCGAGAUUCUGGGCCAGGGAUCGCAGCAGCUGCGCAUCUUGGCCUGCGUCCAGCUGUCGCUCGGGGCGCUCGCCUUCCACUACCAGUCGAUGCGGCUGCUGGCGCCCGUCGACGCGGUGGACCACUGGUGCAGGCAGCCGCCCGAGUUCGCCAACCAGAGCGCGCAGGCGUGGAAGAACGCCUCCGUUCCCGUGGGUCCCGACGGCCGCUACAGCAGAUGCACCGUCUACAGGUUUCCCUACUCGCACGGCACGGCGGCCGCCACAUCGGGCUCCGCGUCCUCCUCUGCAUUGUGGCCCGGGGUCAUCGCCCGGCCUCGUGGCGAGCUCCCGUGCCGCGCCUGGGAUUACGACCUGCCUCCGGACGUGCUCACCGCCCUGAACGAGUGGGACCUGGUGUGCUCCAACGCGUGGCUGGUGCUCGCGGCGCGCCUCUACACCUACGUCGGGGGCGUCGUCUGCGCGCCCUUCAUCGGCAAGAUGGCGGACAGAACGGGUCGCAGGCCGGUCCUGCUCGCGUGCGCCAUGGUCGCGGUGGCCGUCGCGGCGUUGACUGUGCUCGCGCACUCGUUCCUGCAGCUCGUCCUGCUGCGCAUGGUGGAGGCGGGCUCGCUGAACGGCUUCUCGCUCGUCUCCAUCGUUCUUCUGUUUGAGGUCACCUACGAGGCCAGCAGGACUGACUACCUCUGCGGGGCGAUGGCGGCGAGCAUUAUCUGCGGCUGGGCUCCUUGCCUUCUCAGCGCCGCCGAGCAUGUGUUGGACCGGCGAACGCUGGCGUUCGCCUUCCUCGUGCCGGUCUCCCUGCUACUGACCAGCUUUCAGGCCGUCCGGGAGUCCUCGCGGUGGCUGCUCGCCACCGGCGACGUCGCCGACUUCAUCGACAGGCACUACGCCACGUUCCCUCACGGAGGAGGGCGUCGCUCCGACGCGGAACUGGACCGUACCGCUGUACGGCAGCUGCGUGCUGCCAGGGCCGCCGCGACGGCCGAAGGACAUCGCACCACGGAGGUGUCUCUGCAACCUGGCAGCGCUGGCAGCACGAUCGUCCUGCCCGGAUUUGUGGCGAGGACCGCGUCGCUGUCGGCGCUCUUCUUAAGCCUGAUCGUCAUCAUGAACGAGACGUCGGAAUGCGGCGAACCGGAACGGGACCUGUCCCCGCCGGCUCCGUCCUCCUGGCGGACGGCGGUCCUGGUGAUCCCGCGCGCCUUCAGUGUCCUGCUGGCGGCUCGCUUUCUGCGAAGCUGCGAGCGCAAGAGGGCGCUGAUGCUGGGUCUCCCGCUGAGCUGCGCCGCCAUCGCGCUACUAGCCCUCGUCGAGCUGGCCCUCCCGAGCGGCGGCUCGUACGUCUACGUCGUCGUCGGCGAGCUGGUGUUGGCCUCCGCGUUCGUCAACCUCGCUUUCGCCUGCGUCUUCUGCCUCGAGCUGUACGCGACGGCCGAUCGCGCCGCGGGCUUCGCCACCGUCUGCUCGUCGGGCGUUCUGGGCGGCGUCGCCCUGAUGAACAUCUUCGAGGGCCAGGACCCGGCGGUGCGGAAGAUGCUCGGCCUGUCGCUGGCCGUCGUGGCCUUGCUGCUGGUCGAGCAGCUGCCCGAGACCAAAGACGCCCGAGUGCCCGACGCGUUGUUCGACGCCAUCUCGCAGCUCAAGCGCUACAGCAUGUCGAGCUCGACGAAGAGCUUCGCGGAGCCGCGUCCAUCGAACGGCUCUGGCUACUUGCCUCAGGGGGAAUUAUUCGCGGCUUGCGACUGAAAUCCCCGGUGUAAAAUGUGUCGCACCGUCGUUUAAAUUUCACGAUCUGAUUGUUGAAAUGUUAAACGUACGUAAAGAAUUUCCGUCUGUUGUACGUGUCGCCGCGGUAUUCAGUAUGUUUCUUUUUUCCUUUUACGUAUUGUUUACCUCAGCUCUGUAUCUCUGUCCAGCGCUCAAGCACGAGUGGGAGGCAGACUUCAUCCAUAUUGACACGUAAUGGCGCUACAGGAAAGGCUGCUUGCUGUGACUUGUCUGUGCGCCGAAGAGCGUGCGAACUAAAACCUUUUAGUUGUGGAGUUCUCGACGUUUGCCUAGAACCGCAGAGACAUUUAUGCAGGGCACCACUAGCUUCUAAACCGCAGCCCUGGUUUAUGACGUUUUUAGCAUUAGUUGUAUCCUCUCUGCUUUGAUACCUUGGUCAAGAACCCCCUUCAUGAUGAACACAACCGGUUUCGCUGCAUGCAUUAAGUUUUGCGCAAACGGUUGGUUUGCAAGCAAGUUUCGUGUCAUACGCGCUUCUGAUUGUCGGAUUUAGUAUUUCUAACUAUAUGUGUGCGCCUAUUAUGCCAGCGUCAGAUGCAUAUUAGACCCUUGGUGUCGAAGCUUAGGUGAGAGUUAUUUCUCGAUACGAAAAGUCCUGAGAAGUUUAUUAAAUCUCCUUGAAACGUCGUGGAAUCGAUGAAGCAAAGGAAAAAAAAAAACGCCGUGCCAUCGCACCAACCACGUGACUCACGACAUCACGGUGGCACCUCAGCAGCGUUGCGUUGAAUUGGUUUUCCAAGUUUAGUAAAAGUUGUUGAACGAACGGUUAGUGCGAUUCGCGGUAAGAAUAACAUCAAUAAUUUAUAGCUCUCCUAUUCUGUAUUGUAAUGAAACUACUAUUCUAUAGUGUCUGUUUGAACAGGACUAAUGCACAUUCGUGGAUUCUCCACGGGGCGUUGCAAGCUCAUCUGAUCGCGGUGGAACAGCCGUCGAGUGUGAGAGCGUUUUUUUCCGCCA